GAGAGCUGACUGUUUAUGCAACUCAUAGUGGACCGGCAAAAAAACAAGGACAGAUUUUACCUUACAUUUUAUACCAUGGCAGCUCUCAGUUGUAAACUUCUACCUUUGAUGAGAAGCAAUCUCUCAAACAAGACGCCUUGCCUUGCACACACUGUGCCCAUCAGUACGGUUCGUACAUUCAAAUGUGUCCCGAGACUCUUGCAACUGCAGAGCGCGCAGGGGUCAAAUGUACUGUCAGGGAAAGUGGACAGAUUCGGCGGAGUGACAGUCAACCUGGGUGACAGCGGUAUCCCCUCAGAUAUCAACGAAAGUGUUUUUAGUAACUUACUUCAAGAAUCCUUGGCACAUUGGAGGGCAGAAGGGCGGAUAGCAGUGUGGCUGCACGUGCCUAUAUCGCUGGGCAGGUGCGCAGCGGCAGCGUCGGUACAUGGGUUCACGUACCACCACGCCAGACACGACCGAGCCGUCCUGGCCUUGUGGUUAGCAGACGGGGAGAGCCGUUUGCCGGGCUUCGCUACUCAUCAGAUUGGAGUGGCAGGAGCUGUUGUUGAUGAGUCAAAUGGGAAGGUCCUCGUGGUUCAAGACAAAAACAAGACGAAAAACGCAUGGAAAUUUCCUGGAGGUCUGUCUGAUCCAGGAGAAAACAUUGGUGCCACAGCGGUGCGCGAGGUGUUUGAAGAGACAGGGGUCCACUCGGAGUUCAAGUCCCUCCUAAGCAUCCGGCAGCAACACAACCACCCUGGAGCGUUCGGCAUGUCCGACAUGUACGUGAUCUGCCGGCUCAGCCCUCUGUCCUACCACAUCCACUUCUGCACGCAGGAGUGCCUGCGCUGUGAGUGGCUGGACCUGGCAGAGCUGGCCAAGACCGACUCCACCACGCCCAUCACGUCGCGCGUGGCCAGGCUGCUGCUCCACGGGCUGCGGCAGGGCUUCCAUCACAUCGACCUCACCAUGGAGGAGCUGCCAGCCGUCUACUCUGGGAUGUUUUACCAGCUCUACCACCGCCAGCUGCCCUAGGAAUCCAGGCCCUAGCCCAGGAACUCAGGCACUAGCCCUGGGACCCAGGCCCCUAGCCAGGCCCCUGACUCCGGCCCUCCUAGCCUCUAGCGCGUCACUGCUAAUUGCACCAAUGUGAACUUGAUUAGCACAUGGAUGCUAACCACACUCUCUCUCUAAGUGCUUUUUUUGGUCUGGACUAUGUUUACUGAGUGAGUCACACACUGGUUCUCAUAAACUGUUACAAAA